AUGACACUGAACGAUGAGAAUGGGGCCGCAGGCGGCAAUAAUGUUGCUGUCACGGUAGCAGCAACUGGAACGGGACUGUCAACGGCGACGGGAACCGGAUCAGAUCGACCGGGUGCGGUUGGUGGUGUGGCUGGCGGUGGCACAACCGGCACAAAUAAUGGGGGCAACGGUGUGAGCAGCAGCAACAGCAACAACAAUAACAACACCGGCACGGUUCCAAAUGGCGGUAGUAGCAAUGCGACGACGAUUGGCAAUACAAUUAAUAAUAACAACCUAAAUUCUAACAUCAUCAACCCAGCGGCAGCAGCUACUACGACGGCUACGUCACUAAGCAACAGCAACAUCAACAACAAUAGUACGACGAACGGGACGGGACAAAACGGGAAGCAGCUGUCGGGGGCGGCUGGGAGUCUGGAGAAGCGCCCGGGUGGCAGUACCAACACAACCAACAGCGGAAGCAGCGGAACCAGCCGGUACAUCAUCCCGAAGUACUACGAGAUCGAAACGUUGCCACCGCUAAAGGAUGCGGAUCCAUCCGAGCGGGAAGAUCUGUUCAUCCAGAAGCUCCAGCAGUGUUGCGUCCUGUUCGACUUUUCCGAACCGCUGAACGAUCUCAAGUACAAGGAGAUCAAGCGCUGUGCGUUGCAGGAGAUUGUCGAGCAUCUAAACAACCAGAGCAACGUAAUAACGGAAUCGAUCUACCCGGAAGCGUUCAAUAUGGUUGCGAUCAAUCUGUUCCGUACGCUGCCACCGUCCUCCAACCCGAACGGGGCCGAAUUCGAUCCGGAAGAGGAUGAACCGACGCUCGAAGUUUCGUGGCCCCAUCUGCAGUUUGUGUACGAGCUGUUCCUACGCUUUCUCGAGUCACCCGACUUUCAGCCGAACGUAGCGAAGCGCUACAUUGAUCACAGCUUCAUCCUGAAUCUGCUCGAACUGUUCGAUUCGGAGGAUCCGCGUGAGCGCGAUUUUCUCAAAACGGUACUGCACCGGGUGUAUGGGAAAUUUCUCGGCCUGCGUGCCUUCAUUCGCAAGCAGAUUAACAACAUCUUCUACAAAUUCAUCUACGAAACGGAACACCACAACGGGAUUGCGGAACUGCUCGAAAUCCUUGGCAGUAUUAUCAACGGUUUUGCCUUACCGCUAAAGGAGGAGCAUAAGCAAUUUCUGCUCAAGGUGCUACUACCGCUGCACAAGGUGAAAAGCUUGUCCGUCUACCAUCCGCAGCUAGCGUACUGUGUGGUACAGUUUCUCGAGAAGGAUGCCAGCCUAACGCAACCCGUCAUCAAGUGUUUGCUAAAGUUUUGGCCAAAAACGCACAGCCCCAAGGAGGUGAUGUUUCUGAACGAGUUCGAAGAGAUACUGGACGUGAUCGAGCCGGCCGAGUUUCAGAAGGUGAUGGAACCGCUGUUCCGUCAGAUCGCGAAGUGUGUGUCGAGUCCACACUUUCAGGUGGCCGAGCGAGCGCUGUACUACUGGAACAAUGACUACAUCAUGUCGCUGAUAUCGGAAAAUUCUAAAGUCAUCAUGCCGAUCAUGUUUCCCGCGCUGUACAGCAACAGCAAAACGCACUGGAACAAAACGAUCCACGGCUUGAUCUACAACGCGACCAAACUGUUUAUGGAGAUGAAUCAGCUGCUCUUUGACGAGUGUCACCGGAAGUAUCAGGCGGAGCAGGAAAUGGAGCAGGAAAAGCUGGCCCAGCGGGGUGCACUCUGGCAGCAGAUGGAAGAUUUGGCCGCACGAAACAGUAAGUUAUCGCUGUACGAUCAUGAGCAGCCGGGCGGUAUGAGUCGAUCAGCGGGUAGCAGCAGCUUUAACCAUCAAAGGCAGAUGAAUGGCAUGAUGAUGAUGAUGGGGGACGGGAAUGGGGGGAAUAAUAAUAGUAGUAACAAUAAUAGUAGCACAGGACCGGCGGGAUCCACCGGUGGUGCCGUGUACGAUCGACGGACGACGAUGAUGCAGCACGGUAGCACCUAAGCGCAGCGCCUGCCACCAAGU